GCUUUCGGAUAUAAAAACGCCAUUCAGAAGUCAUUCGGAAAAGUGUCAUUAAGCCAUUCGGAAAUACAACAUGUUAUUAUGAAAAUAAAUACGAUCCUGUAUUGUGAAAAUGACAGUCAUUAGGAGUGAAUUAUUAUAUACUUCAAAAUAAAAUGAAGUAUUUAUUUCAUUUUGGUAAGUUCACUCCUCCAUAUUCAACGGCAGGUGCCAACAAUCAACAAUUAACGAGACGUUAAAAUAAGCUUGCGCGGUAAAUGAUUUACAAUCAAUAAAUAAUAGCCUAAUAAUAAUAAUACCGAAUGCAAAAUACAACCGCUGUUAAAAUAUUAAUUAAGUAGUCUUAAAACAACAGUGAGCAUUUUUUCUGAAAUAUGCUAUUUGAAUCCGAGGAUGUUGUUGAUUGUGUGGACAAGAAAGGAAGAUGCACAGAUUUUAAAUCACUCAUGGAGGACCAGGUUUCCUCGGUGGUGAGUGUUAGUCCUACGGCUCUUUUCAGGACGCCACAGCACGCAGAAAACACUCGUCCCCGGAUGUCAAAUUAUGACCAGUGGAGCAGCGAGUCGGAGGGGGAGAGGGGUUUGAAUGAGUUUCAGAGGAAGAUGAAAAGAGAACAUCAGCAAGCACUCGCCUGUGUUCACAAGGCUUGCAUCGUUGUGGAGAGAAACCGCAGAAAACGAGUAACGGUAAGCUGUAAUAAACUCCGGCAGCUCCUGCCCCAGGUUUCCGGGGCACGCAGUGACAUGGUUACUGUGCUGGAAAUGACCGUGGCGUUUUUGGAAUACGUUAACCAAGCAACCCUUGAACACCUUAACAGGGAGUGCCUGUUUCCUCCUGAUGAUGUAUGUCGCUGGUGGCUGUCAGAGACUCAUCAGAAAAGAUGGCUGAGCCACAAGCAGGGCUGCAUGGAGCAGAAAACUACCUGCCAUUUCAGGUCCAGAAAGAACUCCUCUCCUUUGAAUGCUGUGCAUAGAGAGAAGCUGAGUGGCCGAGUGAUUCCAAAAGGCCCCCUGAGCACUCCUAGAAUGCUGUCCACCAUUUUGCGGCCACAUGCACCCCUUAAAUUAUAUUAUACCCCCUUCUUCUGGUACUCGCCAACACAAUCACCUGUGACCAGUGGCAACCCACUACAAAUCACCAUGGAUUGCUCCUCUGAGACUGGGUCCAAAGACAAACUUCUCUCCAGUAAACCCACCUCCAUGUCAAAAUGGUUUCGAAACGCCGAACAAGAAUAAAGAAGAAUUGAACAAAAGGAAAGAAAUCCUAACGAUGAUACUAGAUUAAGAAAUGUGAAGAUUGCUUGAACUUCAUCUGAAUGCUUUCAAAAAUAUUUUUAACAUUUGAACGUUUGAACCAGGACUGUACUUGAGAACACAACAAAUGAGUCCAUUUCAAUUCAGGUUAUUGGUAAAUCAAGACCAAGACCAUGGGGAUACUGAGACCAAGAACAUACUUUUUUUUUUUUUUUUUUUGAAGGCUAUCAUUAAACUUGAUUGCCCAAAGUGUAAAUGAUAAUCUAUCUAAAGGCAUAUUUCAGCAAAACUAGCAUGUUUUCACAAUCCCAAACACCACCUUAACUAUUCUACUGUGGAGGGGGAUAGGGGCAUGAUCAUAAAUGAAAAUAUGCAAAUAUAGCUGUGUCAGUGGAUUUGGAACUAGAACGCCAAACUGGAAAUUUGGAAAAUAGCCACAGACAUGAAAUACACCAGUUACUCAUCAAUUAUGACUGUGCUUGUCUUUUUUGCUGGUUUUUAAGAGUGAGCACUAAUUAAGCAUUAGAAAGCACUUAAUGCUAUAAUCAUCCAUAUAACUAUACUGAUUAUAUAAUCAGGAGCUACAUUCCCCACAAGUAAAGAUUGAGUUAUGUAAUGUUAUAAUUGAUAAGAUCAUCUCUACCAAAUUUUCACUGGACAUACCACCUGGCAGACAUGAUCACCACCAGCAGUGCACAGCCAAUAAAAUUCUCUUGCUUUGUAUUGGCACACAGUCAAGGCAUGUUAGAGCAAUACCAACCAGAUAAUUAUUUAGAAUGUACAUAUUUUGUUAAUCCAUCAGAGCUGUAACCUGCUGUCAUUUCUACUGUCUGUUCACAGUUGUAAAAUGACAGCGAGCUGAUGGCACACAGGGUGAGCACAUGUAAAUGUAUCUCCAGAACACCUCAUCACACCUUGUCAUGGGAUGAACUACACAACUCAGCAGCUAGGUUACGUAUACAGACAUCUCAUUAAAUCCCACUUGAAGUCGACUACCCCAGCUGCCCUGGCCUUAGCACCCACCCCCCAUAUAACAGAGACAGGACCACUUUAUA